UAACGUCUUAUUCCUUUUUAUUCAAGUCUUUCAAAUUGAAAUAGUAAAUAAUUUGAAGUGAAUUUAAUACAAUAAUAAAAUUGUUAUUAUUUCUAAAAAAUAACGUACAUUUUUGCAUCCAAAAUUGGAAAAUGUCAAAUUCAAGCUCACCUUUAAUCAAUCCUUCUGAUACAAUAAUCACAGAAGAUGGAAAAAGACUUCAACUACUGACAACAGAAAAUUCUUGCUCUAACUUGAAUCAUGAGUCAAUGCCACAUAAUCAAAUCUACUGUCCUAUUACUAAUUUUGACGAUUUAGAAAUUAUUGCAAGUCUUUUUAAUGAAGACAUUGAUAUUUCUCGUUUAGAAGUAAAUAGUCAAACUCUGCUCGAUAUUUCUAUUGAAAAAAAUAAUGAAGAACUUGUUAAGUUGCUUUUGGAUAAAGAAGCUUAUGUAGAGAAAGAUUUCAAUGAAUUGAUAUGUAACACCAUAAAAAUUGGGAAUGAAAACAUAGUUAAACAUUUACUUGAUCAUGGUUUCCAGAAAAAUUUAACUAUUGAUAUAAAAGAUUGUUUGGAAGUAGCUAUCAAUGAAAAACACCUGAAAAUAAUUGAACUAUUAAUGUCUUACUGUUCAGUGAAGAAAGUUCUCGGGAUUUCAAUUUUAAAAAGUGUUGUAUUAAAAGAUGGCCAAGAGUACAAAGAGUGUAUUGACCUUCUAUUGAAACUAGGCUUGUCGAUUGAUAAUCGUAUUAAAAGUCAUGAUGUUGCAUUUUCAGCUGUUCAAAAUGGACAUACGAUAAUUGUUGGAGAACUUUUGAAGCUUGGAAUAAAUGUGAAUUGGGAAAACAGGAAAACUAAACUCACUCUUCUUCAUGUUGCAGUUUUAUAUAACCAUUUAGAUAUUGCUCAAAUGCUAAUAAAGCAUAAUGCUGAUGUGAAUUGGAUAAUUGUUAAGAAGAAAUGGCUGGAAAAGAAUAAAAAAGGGUUUGAAAAAGUUACCGAGUUAGGGGGAAAAACAGCUCUGCAUAUUGCUGUUGAUAAUUGUAACUUGCCAAUGACAAAACUUCUUCUGGAAAAUGGUGCUAAAAUAGUAGAUGAUAUGAACUUUUUCAAGAUUACCUGUAAUGCUAUUCAAAAUGGUUCUUUAGAGAUUGUUCAAUUAUUUCUAGAGUAUGGAGUUCACAUUAAUAAUACAGAUGCUGGUGGAAAAACCUUUCUGCAUUUUUGUGCUACUUGUAAAUUCCAAUCUAGUAAUGUCGGAUGUGAUAUAGCAGAGUUUUUGUUGGGAAGAGGAAUAAAUAUCAAUGCUGAAUCAUCAGAAAAAAAUACACCAAUCAUCCAUGCAAUUAUCAAUAAUAAUACUGAAUUAGUAAAAAUAUUUUUGAAGUACAAUGCCAAUAUUCAAUAUGCAAAUCUCGAAGGGGAUACUCCUUUACACAAAGCUGCCGAACAUAUGGUUGAUGAAGAAAUAGUAAAUGUUUUAUUGAGCCAUAAUGCACACGUUGAUGUUGUAAAUAAGAAAGGUUAUACACCAUUGCAUGUAGCUUGUCGAAAAGGUUCAGAAGCAAAAUUACAAACGAUAGAGAAUCUACUAUUUUUCAAGGCCAAUAUCAAUUGUUUUGAUAAAAAUAAUAGAACUCCAUUACAUUUCGCUUGUGAAAACGGACAUGUUUCAAUGACUCAAUUGCUUUUAAAACAUGGUGCAGCCGUUAAUGUAAUAGACAAUGAUGGGAAUACUCCACUUCAUUUGGGAUGUAAAAACAGAAAUUUACAAAUUGUUGAAAAUCUAUUAAAAUAUCAAGCUAAUCCCAAUAUCAAAAAUAUUUAUAAUAAAACGCCUCUUCUUAUGAUGUCUGGUAAAUUAGAGGAAUGGCUUCCAAAUGCUAUUGAACGGUUAUCGCAAAAUGAAAGAGAUUUUAAGCACAUGGAAACAGUUAUUGAAAGACAUAAAAAAAAUUUAAAAAUUAUACAACUACUUCUCGAAUAUAGAAGUGAUGUUAAUGCUGUCGACAAUGAAGGAAAAUCAUCACUUCAUAUUGUUGCUGAAAAGAACUAUUUCAUGAUUGUUAAAGUUCUUCUAAAAUUUAAUAUUAAUCUCAAUAUAAUAGAUAACAAAGGUCAAACUGCUCUUCAUUAUGCUGCAGAGAAUGGAAACUUUUCAAUAGUUAAAAGCUUGUUAAUACAUGGUGCUGAUGUCAAUAUAACAAGUGAUCAGAAUAAAACUGCCCUUCAUCAUGCUUUAAUUGGUAUAACUCGAAAGCAAAAAAUGCUUAAAAAUUAUCUAAAAGAUCCUAAAGAAAUUUCUUAUGAUGAGUCUGUUCCAGCAGAUUACAAAGAUGAAAAUACUGAAUCUUAUCAAAAAAAAAUUAAUUCUUACAAGAAUAUUAUAAUAAUUUUGAAAGAACAUAUUAUUAAAUUGAAAUGUGCCAAGUUAAAUGUAGACUCGAAAAAUAUGGCUCUAGCUUAUAAUAAAAUUACAAGUUUAAAUGUAUCUGAAUUUGAUCCCUGGGAAUUUAAGAGUAACUGUGAAAAAGAAAUAGUUUCAUUGAAGUUGACUGAGAUUAAAGGGAGUGAUAUUACUUUCUAUGACUUAUUAACUCAAGAUAUUCUUUUCUUAAUCAAAUAUGCAAAUGAUAAAAAUAUCAUGAAGGCUUUACUAUCAGAUGCUAAUCGUAAAAUGUUCCCUUUAUAUAUAGAUAUAAUAACACUUCGAUUUAUGACAAGUGCUCAACGAUAUGAUUUAAUGGAGGUAGCUAAAAAAUAUUCCCUUCCGACUAUUUUUCAAGGGCUGUCUUACAAUUGUGCAGAUGAAGUGUUAAAUUAUUUUGAUAUUAAUGAACUAAAAAACUUUAUAGAAACUGUAAAAAGUACUAAUAAUUUUGAUCAAUCGAAUAUAUCAAAAUCACUUUUCUCAGUUGGAUGUCAAACAUCGAUUAAUGAAUAA